AUGGCGAAAUUGGAGGAGAGAGAAGAUGAGAAGAAAUGGGCAACGAGUUGGGGUGGAUAUAGAGAAGAGCUGAAGAAGGGAAGCCGAAUAGCAGCACCAAUGGUGGCGGUGACGGUUCUACAAUACCUUGUGCAAGUUGUAUCAGUAAUAAUGGUAGGACAUCUUGGUCAGCUUUCUCUCUCUAGCGUCGCCAUUGCUACAUCCCUCACCAAUAUCACUGGUUUUAGCCUUCUGUCCGGAAUGGCUGGUGGAUUGGAAACUCUAUGUGGGCAAGCUUAUGGUUCACAACAAUACAAAAAGCUGGGAAUCUAUACUUACAGUGCCAUCAUUUCGCUCAUCUUAGUUUGCCCUCCCAUUUGCAUGCUAUGGAUAUUCAUGGACAAAUUGUUACCUCUUGUUGGCCAAGAUACACUUAUCUCCUACAAAGCUCGCCAAUAUUCCCUAUGGUUAAUCCCGGGACUAUUUGCAAGCACCAUCCUUAAACCUUUGACUCGAUUUCUACAAAUGCAAAGUUUGAUUCUACCAAUGCUCUUAACUUCAAUUUUUAUACUGUGCUUCCAUGUGCCUCUUUGUUGGAUUCUUGUGUUUAAAUUGGAUUUAGGUGAUCUUGGAGCUGCAAUAGCUUUUAGUUUAUCAACAUGGUUGAAUGUGAUCUUACUUGGGAUUUAUGUAAGGUAUUCAUCUACAUGUGAGAAAACUCGUUCACCAUUGUCCAAGGAUGCUUUUCUUGGUGUUCCUCAGUUCUUUCGCCUUGGUGUUCCCUCAGCUAUAAUGGUUUGCUUGAAAUGGUGGUCAAUGGAGUUGCUAACUUUGCUAUCCGGCCUUCUACCAAAUCCAAAGCUAGAGACAUCAGUACUAUCUAUAUGCCUAACAAUUUCAACAUUACACUUUACUGUCCCCUAUGGUUUUGGAGCUGCAACAAGCACCCGAGUUUCGAAUGAACUUGGAGCCGGGAACCCCGAAUCGGCUCGCGUGGCGGUCAAGGUAGGAAUGUCUAUGGCAAUCACAGAGGCAGUCAUGGUGAGUGGGGCUCUGUUUUUCAGUAGACAUAUAGUUGGAUAUGGUUACAGCAAUGAGAAAGCAGUGGUGAACCAUGUUGCUACAAUGGCUCCUUUGCUUUGCAUUUCACUUGUUACUGAUAGCAUUCAAAUUGUUCUUUCUGGAGUUGCAAAAGGAUGUGGAUGGCAAUAUAUAGGAGCCUAUGUAAAUCUUGGAGCAUUUUAUCUCAUUGGAUUGCCAGUGGGAAUAAUACUAGGAUUUGUUGGACACCUAAAUGGAAGAGGCCUUUGGCUUGGAAUAGUAGUUGGUUCAAUUGUGCAAACAAUCCUUCUUUCUCUCUUUGCAAUCUUCACAAAUUGGGAAAAACAGGUAGCCAAGGCCAAAGAGAGGAUAUCCAUGGGAAAUUAAGUCAUCUAUUGUUGGUUACCAAGUGGGAAAUGGCAAUUAAGCAUAAUUCUCAAUCUCUCAAAAAGGGAGAAAAUAUGUAAAUUUUCAAUCUGUAUUCCAUUCUUAAAUUAGGUAGCUGCUAUAGUCUUUUAAUAUCAAAAAAAGAAGAAAAUUGCAUGUUGCAAUUUACAAGUUACAAUGGUUGUUGAAAUUUGAGAAACGAUGAAGACAUUUUUGUUAAGUAAAAUGCAAUCUUUUAUGUCUCGAUACA